GCUCGGACACGGCAGAGGAGCAGGAGUGGAGCAGGAGUGGAGCAGGGCGGGGCGGGGGGAGUCGCCGGCCGCUCGGUUCUUCUCCGUCUUCUUCCCGGAGAGACGCGUCAGCGCAGCGCCCGCCGAGGUCAAGAGCGAGGAAAGACUUUGAAGAACUUUUAUAUGUAAGAUCCUGAAUUGCGAGUGACACCUUGAGAUGUCUGGCUCAUAUGAUGACUCUGUUGGAGUAGAGGUUUCUAGUGAUAGCUUCUGGGAGGUUGGAAAUUAUAAGCGGACAGUGAAACGGAUUGAUGAUGGCUAUAGACUUUGUAGUGAUCUUAUGAAUUGUAUUCAUGAGCGGGCAAGGAUAGAAAAGGGCUAUGCUCAGCAGUUAACAGAAUGGGCAAAGAGAUGGAAACAGCUUGUAGAAAAAGGGCCACAAUAUGGAACUGUUGAAAAGGCCUGGCAUGCAUUUAUGUCUGAAGCUGAAAAAGUAAGUGAACUACAUUUAGAAGUAAAAGGUGCCCUAAUGAAUGAGGACUUUGAAAAGAUAAAGAACUGGCAGAAGGACUCCUUUCACAAGCAAAUGAUUGGUGGAUUUAAGGAAACGAAAGAAGCUGAAGAUGGCUUUAGAAAAGCCCAGAAACCAUGGGCGAAAAAGUUAAAAGAGGUGGAAGCUGCUAAGAAAGCAUACCAUGCAGCCUGUAAGGAAGAAAAACUUGCUAUAUCCAGAGAAACUAAUAGCAAAGCUGACCCAGCCCUUAAUCCAGAACAGCUAAAGAAACUACAAGACAAAGUGGAUAAAAGUAAACAGGAUGUGCUUAAGACUAAAGAAAAGUAUGAAAAAUCUCUUAAAGACCUUGACAAUACUACACCACAGUAUAUGGAAAACAUGGAACAAGUUUUUGAGCAGUGUCAGCAGUUUGAGGAAAAACGGCUCCGUUUUUUCAGAGAAGUGUUAUUGGAAGUUCAGAAACAUCUUGACUUAUCUACUGUUGCAAGUUAUAAAAAUAUCUAUCGUGAUUUGGAGCAGAACAUUAAAGUAGCAGAUGCUGUUGAAGAUUUAAGGUGGUUCAGAGCGAAUCAUGGCCCAGGCAUGUCAAUGAACUGGCCCCAGUUUGAGGACUGGUCAGCUGAUCUGAACCGCACUCUCAGUAGGAGAGAGAAGAAAAAAGCUGCAGACGGAGUAACUUUGACUGGUAUUAACCAGACAGGAGAUCAAGUUUCACAGCAGAAAAAUAGCAGCAACCUUAGUGUCCCGAGUAACUCAGUGCAGUCAGUACAGUCAAGUUACAAUCCUUUUGAAGAUGAAGAGGAUACUGGAAGUACUGUCAGUGAGAAGGAGGACAAUAAAAUCAAAAAUGUUAGUAGUUACGAGAAAAGCUAUGGGGCAGAGUGGUCCGAUGAAGAGACAAACAACCCAUUUUCAUCCAAUGAUGCUCAAGGAGAAACUAAUCCAUUUGAUGAGGAGACCUCCCCUACAACGGAAGUGAGAGUGCGGGCAUUGUACGAUUAUGAAGGCCAAGAGCAUGAUGAACUCAGCUUUAAAACUGGGGAAGAGCUAACUAAAGUAGAAGAUGAAGAUGAACAAGGCUGGUGCAAAGGUCGCUUGGAUAAUGGACAAGUUGGUCUCUAUCCAGCAAACUACGUGGAGCCAAUCCAGUGAUGCAUAUUUAACAGUGCUGCAGUACCUGUCCGCCAGGGAGAUGCUAGAGGGAAACUGGUAGAAAUGUGUGUAUAUUUCUUUUAAUGCAGCUGAAUGAUGGAUCGAUAACUUUAUUCUCUGGGAAUCAUCUAAUGAUUGAAGCUGAAAUUGGAAGAUAGGUAACCUAUAUGCAGCACAAACAACAAGACAGGAAAAAAGUAGUGCAAGCAGAAAAAGAUGAUUUUUAGCACCUGUUGCCAGUUCAGUUUUAUCAUGGCAUUUGUAUAUUAAGAUUUUGCUGAGUUUAUGCCUCAACCCAGUAUUCUGGGUGGUGGUUUAUUUUGGCUCUUACUUAAAUCAGCUAUUUUAAGUGACCUUCUGUAAUUUGCAAUUUGAUUUUUUUAAAGGAUUGCAAUUUUUGUAUCUGUUCUUAGCAAUAUUUGAGAGAUGCAUUUUUUUAUUUAAAGGCUAUUUAGUGUGCCAUUUCUCGAUAUGUGGUUCACUGACGGUUACUACUUAAAUUAUGAUUCAGAUGUAUUCCCCAGUCCACACUGUACUGUUCUCUUUUUCAUGCUGUAGGCAUGCCAUAAUGGUGCAAAUGCCAUAUUGUGCCUGUUGCAGAACAGUGUAU